UUGACAGCCACACUCGGGGAAACGCUAUGGUCAGGCGCCUCACCACUCGUGAUGGGAAAAUCAACAGCGGCGUUCACCCUGUCAACGAAGCGGCAGGUCCUACAUUUCCUUUGGUUGGACACAACGACGUAGGAAACGAGCCUUCCACAUCAUGUAUGCAGUUUGUGAAGAUUCAAAACUCACUGAAAGUGAAGAGGACUAUGAUUACAGUGGAGUGUAUGGGCCGGUGACGUGCCACUUUGCGAACUCUACAGUUGGUCUGCUGGCGCCUCCGAAUUGCACCGUGCCUUGUCAUAAUUCUACCGCAUCGUGGAAUCAAACGGAACCGGAUAAUUCUACGUGCUUUUUUUCUUACAGUGAUCUAGAAAGGACACUGGGACAGUCAUCACCGAAAAUGUACAACUGCACUAUUGGUUUUUGCCAGAAUGGGACAUGUAUAUCCAACCACACAUACGCCGACUGCUGGUAGCGGAGCGAAAACACACCAUGUUCCUCAAGCCCGCUGACGUUAUCUGUGAAAAAAGGUGUAUAUACUUGUUUGAUAUGUCAGGCAAUAAAUUUGAUACCAUAGA